UAUAACCGCUAAUAUGUUUCAAUGGGCAAGAUAGUGUAUGCAAAGGUUUAUUGAUUUAUUUUGUGAAUUCAUGUUUAAAGAUUGAUAUGAGACUCCUAGUUAUUGGCUAUCCGUUCAAUGCAAACUGACUGUACAUUAUAUUUAAAAAGGAAAUCACAUAAAGCGCGUUCAACAGAUUAAGAGCUUUAUUCGACUUAGAGAAAAUAGUAUUUGAUAAGGUAAUGGCGAUCAACUGGCAGCAUUCGGCAUCCUUCGCUUAUACGAAUCUUAAGAUGCUUGAGAACGAAGAUCUCUGUGACGUCACAUUCGAGGUUGGAAACGAACACAAACAGAUAAAGUGUCACAAAUUUAUUCUUGCUAGCCGCAGCUCUGUGUUCCGUAAAAUGUUUGAUGGAUCACUUGGCGAACCAAAAGCCACCAUCUUGAUUCCAGAUGUAACAGCAUGUUUCUUUGAAACGUUAUUACGGUAUCUAUAUAGCGGCGCGGUUGAAAUGAACGUAGAAACAGGUAUGAGUGUGAUGUAUACGGCGAAGAAAUUCGAUGUUCCUGAGUUUGAAUGCCACUGCAGGACAUUCCUGAACGACAACAUUGACGUAAAUAAUGUUUGCACGAUUAUGGAUCAGGCCAUAGUGUUUGAUGAGGUUGAGUUAAAGACUAAAAGUUUAGAAUUUAUUAUGGAUAAAACUUUAAGCGUGUUAAACUCAUCUUCAUGUAUCCGCAUGUCUAAAUCAGGUUUAGCAGAAGUGCUAAAACAAGACAUGUUAACCGUAAAUGAGUGUGAACUGUACAAUGUGUGCAUACGAUGGGCCUCUCAGAGAUGUAGAGACGCUGGGAAACAGGAUUGUGAUGAAAAUAUAAGGCAGGUGUUAGGAGACGAACUCAUCAGCUUGAUUAGAUUCCCGACCAUGACUUUGGAAGAGUUCACGGAUUAUGUAGCAACUGGAUCUGUUCUCGACAAAGAUGAAUUACUAAACGUUUAUCGAAGCAUAGUAAAAAAUGAAAAUGUAUCAAAGUUUAUUAGCCGAUCCCGAUUCGAUUUAACGGGUUUUAAAACACAUUUGUUUAUAAGGUGUAAGCAUAUAAACAGCGGUUGGGGAUAUGGGGGACUACAGGAUGGUAUUAGUUUUAAAUUGUCUGCGGACUGUGUUCUCUCUGCAGUAGAUAUGUUUUUGCCAAUCGCUGAAGGUUCUGUCAAUGGUGUACUAGAGCUCCUCGAGGGAAGUACCGUCAUACAUGCGCAGAAUGUUAAGUUGUUCUACACAAAAGGUGUUAAGCAUUUGCUUGUAAAUUUAACUAAGCGUGUUUAUCUUCGUUCAGUGAACGAUUAUUCCAUACGACAAAGAAUGAAAGGUAGACCUACGUUUUAUUGUGGUUCAACCAAACAACGAAGUAUUUGGAUUGACGGUGUGACUAUGACAUUUAGUGACUUAAAGGUUGGUGAAAGUGAUGCCGGCACUGACAUGUCAUCGGGACAGUUUUAUGGCUUUGAACUAUUAUGCAAAGCCCAAUCACAAGCUGACCAGUUAAAAUCCUUUUAAUAUCAUAGCACCCUAGAUCUACGAAUAUUUUCUUAUUGAAGAAACAAUAUAUUUUUAAUAUAGUCCAACUUUGUUUUUACCAACUGAUUGGUUUUACAAAAUCUGGUUUUACAAAAGUAUGUGUUGUUUUACAACAAUAAGCACACAUGUUUAUUUAAUGACAACAAAUUCUUGUCAACUAUUAAUCCAAACAUGUGAGCAGAAGUAAUGUUCAAGUAAAAUCAAAGAAAUAGAAUAUCAUGUUGUCGUUGAUGUUGUAGUCAAUUCACAUCUACAAAAUUGCACGUGGUCUGUUACUAUAACA